ACGAGAUAUACGCCAGUUAGUGGCCAGUAGGGACAGAGCGUUACAUCUAUCGAGAUGUAUCCUACUUUGGCAGCUUUUGUGUUAUUGUUUCACAUUUCUACAGCAGUAUUAGCACCCACCGUGCAACUAAAUGAUGGUAACAAAAUUCCUGUGGUUGCGUUAGGAACAGGGAGGGGCACAGCUAAAGAGUCGGAAUCCGUAGACCAAGUAAGACAGGCUGUGUACUGGGCUAUCCAGGCUGGGUACAGACAUAUAGACACUGCUGCUAUUUACUUCGAUGAGGAACAAGUGGGAGAGGGUAUAGCCAAAGCAAUUGCUGACAAAUUGGUGACUAGAGAAGAACUCUUUAUUACGACUAAGCUCUGGAACGACAAACACCGCACCGAGCAAGUGGUCCCCGCGUUGAGGGAAUCGCUCAAGAAUCUUGGUUUAGAUUACGUCGACUUGUAUCUCAUUCACUUUCCAGUUUCCACUAAAGAAGAUGACACAUUAGACGAUGUAGACUACCUGGACACCUGGAAGGGAAUGGAACAAGCCAAGCAGUUCGGUCUCGCUAAAUCUAUCGGAGUUUCCAACUUCAAUGCGUCGCAAAUUGACCGAAUCGUCAAAAAUUCCAAGAUCUGGCCUGCUGUUAAUGAAAUAGAGGUAAAUCCCACGCUCACGCAAAUAGACUUAAUAUCGUACUUACAAAGCCUGCGCAUAGUACCAAUGGGCUACAGUCCCUUCGGAUUCCUUGUGUCCCGGAAAUCAGCCAAUGCUCCACCACCAAGGGCCGAUGACCCCGCGUUAGUGAAAAUGGCAAAUAAGUAUGGAAAAACUACGUCACAAAUUGCGCUGCGUUAUUUGAUCGACAGAGGAAUCAUCCCCAUUCCAAAGUCCACGAACCAGCAGCGUAUUGCGCAGAACAUCGACUUAUUUGACUUCAGCCUGACCAAAGAUGAAGUGGCCACAAUCAACAAAUUCAACAAAAAUGUUCGAGUCAUCAAAAUCGACGGCUGGAAGGCAUCGCCGUAUUACCCGUUCGGGGAAUAUUAAUUAAGAAAUAGAUAAUAAAGAUAUUAUUUUUUUA